AACCGCAGGUAGAUAAGCGGUGUUUCCUUUUAGUUAUAUGUAUAAUACAAAUGUGCAUGCUUUUACCGUGCAAGAGUGCAAACAAAUUCAAAUGGAAGAAAUUUGCUUCUUACCAUGCGUAUACUCAGAGAUCACUGUCAUGUUUCAGCUCCAUUUUACGAACGAUCAGUUUGAGCCAAAAGUAUUGGAAGCCUAUGGAAAGAAAAAAUUGAAGCCUAAUGCAGUUCCUACUUUGUUCUCGCAUCUGCGGCCGCCAAAGGAACGAAAACCACCGGCAAAGAGGAGCGAGGUUCACAAGAAGUGCUCAAAAAGACGUAAGGCACUAUUCAAUGAUAUUUCCACACAAGGAGUGCGAUGGGAAGCAGGCACACUCGUAAAAUCGCUGCGGCUGCGCCUGGCAUGCGGUUCCCGUGGUUACGGUCUCCUGAGGGAGUUGGGAUAUCCACUGCCAUCGGACCGUACGCUUCAGCGCCACAUACAGCACGCCAAGUUCCGACCUGGGUUACUCACAGAUAUACUGGAGCCUUUAAGGGUGAAAGUAUGACUUGCGCAAAGCAUUUGCAUCCGCAAAUGUCCUGUGUCAGUAUAAAGUAGCAA